AUGAAUACAACGAAAAGAAAAUUCAACGCUCUUCUCAACGGCUUGGGAAGCAAAAAAUCCGAUUCCUCCUUAUCAGCACACGAAGUAAACAAAACUCCAGAGAAACCUCAAAACGAUAUAGAUUCUAAUAUGAAGAAACCACGAAUUUCAUAUUCAUCCUCAACUGUGAAUCGAUUAUCCUCAUUAUCGCGCACAUCAUCUGCGACUCCAUCCGAAUUCGAUCUUGCUCGCAAUAAAUUGGCACCCGUUCAUAAACUCUCUUCAACUCCAGUUUCAAAUACAGAUACUCCUAAAUGGGUACCUUAUGAUCGCGUCGAAUUUCUCAAGAGAUUAAAAUCUUUCUCGAAUCUUACGGAUUGGACGCCAAAACCAGCGAGGGUUAAUGAAGUGGAAUGGGCAAAGAGGGGAUGGGUUUGUCAAAAGAAGGAGAGGGUUCGAUGUUGUUUUUGUAAUGUGGAGAUCUUGGUGAAGUUGAAUAAAAAGGAAGAGGAUGGAAAAGAGAAGGAAGUUUAUAUUGCGGAAAACAUUGAAAAUGCCUUGGUUAAUAAAUAUGUGGAACUUAUUAUCACUUCGCAUGAUGAAAGUUGUCCAUGGAGGCAGAGAGGAUGCGAUGAUGUCAUAUUCAAAUUACCCCUCAAUAAGCCUACAGUUACCAUACAAAUUAUUCGCGAACGAUACGAUGAACUUCAACAGAGAGCCGAUAAUUUACCAUAUCUCUCUAACAUGACACCUCCAGAAGGUCUGGAUAUUGAUCGCAUAACAACCUACCUUCCCCAAGAUUUUCUCACCCCUGAAUCAGGACAAACGAACCCUCCGAAAAUCAAUAAAGUAGCUUUGAUGAUGUCUCUUUGUGGUUGGCAAGGUCAUAAACACGAUCGUCUAGGUCAACAACUCGAAUCUGUUUCUUGUCAAACAUGUUACCGAAUUCUUGGUCUUUGGAUGUUUAAGAGUAGAUCUAUUUCAGCUACAGGUGAAGAAAUCGAACCAGCUAUCGUCCCCGGUCUCGAUCCUAUUGCUCAACAUCGCGAAUAUUGUCCAUGGCGCAAUCCUACAUCACAAAAUGGACUAGCCGCAACCCAGAAUACGAAAUUAAGAGCACUUGCGGGAUGGGAGGUGGUUUUGAGAGUAUUGAAGAGUGAAUAUGAAUUGAGAGUAGGCAGAGAGAAGAAUGAAAAGGGUUCAAGAAGAAGUUAUGUUGCGCCUGUAAUCAAUGAGGAUGGUGAUGACCAAGCGCCAGAUUAUGCAGAUGAGGAGGAUGCGAAGAGUAUUAGGGAUGCCAAAGAUAAGGAUUUGAUGACAAGAUUGAGAAGGGUGAAGACUUUUAUUGCGUUGAGGAAGCGUCCGAGUGGUGAGGUGAAGAAUAAGAGGUUUAGUGCUGCUUAA